AUGUCGUCGUCGUUCCGCCCGAGGGUUGACCCGACGACGUGGGGGACGGAGCACCGGCGCCGCGCGGACGACGACUUGACGCGGCGGCGCGAGCGCGAGCGCGUGCGCGCGACGCUCGACGCCGCGGACGCGGCGGCGGCGGAGUCGCUGCGCCGCGCGAGGCACGACGCCGCGGCGACGACGCGCGUCGAGCGCGAGGCGUCGCGCGACGCGAGGAACGCGCGUCGACGCGCGCCUCCGCUCCCCGGGGAGGAAUACGUCCACCUGCCGCAGCACGGGAGGAACCCGUCGCUGGCCGCGCGCGCGACGAACGGCGCGCUCGCGCGUCGCGUCGCGCAGGCCGAGGCGGCGGUGGCCGCCGCGGAGGCGGCCGCGAGCUUGCUGUGGAAGGGGGGCGGCGAGCGCGGCGCCGGAGGCGGCAAUAAAGGGGCGGACGAUCGACGCGUCGCGCGUCGUCAACGAGACGACCGCCAACUCGCGCCGCCGACGCACCGCGCGGCGUCGCCGAAGGUUGUCGUGCACCGCGACCCGGACGCCGCGAGGUUCGCGACGACGACGACGCGCCGCCCGCGGACGCCGUCGCCGCCGAGGUACGGCGCGUACCGAACGACGAGAGACGGGUACGCGGCUUCGCGUCGCGAAGCCGUCGUUUGCGGCGGCGGCGGGUACUCGUCCCACGACGACGACGACGACGACGACGACGGGCGUCGGAACCUGAGACCCGCGGUCCGCGGCGGCUACGGCGCCGCGCCGCCGAACGCGAACGUCGCGCUCGCGCGGCUGCGCGAGGGAAGGCGCGCGGCGACGACGACCGGCGCCGGCAUCCGCGCGCGGCGUUUGGAUUCGAAUCCAAACGCGUCCCCCCGCCGCGCGACGGUUCGUCGCGCCGACGUCCGCGACGGCGGGGACUACCGCCUCGACGGCAAGACGCGCAUCGAGAUCGCGCACCUCAGAGAGGACCUUCGCGUCGCGGAGUGGGACGACGCGGAGCGGCUCGAGCGCGAUAUGCGCGACGCGGCAGCGGCGCGGGAUAAUCUGACGCGGUACGGCGAGGAGGCGCCCGGGCGCCUGACGUCGAGGACGCGAGGCACGCUCGCGGCGUUGAAGGCGCGGCGCGGCGGCGGCGGCGGCAGCAGCAACGGCGGGUCGCGCGCGGGGAGCGUGUACUCGAGCUACGACGGCGGCGAGGACCUCUCCGACGACGUCGCGGAGUACUUCAACCGCGACGCCGACCCGGCCCGCGGCGCGACGUCGCGGCAGCCGCGGUUCGACGCGAAGAAGCCCGCGUGGAACGACGAGCCUUUCGCGGAGGACGCGCGCGCGCCGGCGUGGGGGGACGUGAACGGGUACGGGAACGACGGCGACGAGGAGGACGAGCCCGCGCCGCCGUUUCCGCCGGCGCGUCAGCGCCCGCGACCGAAGAUGCAACCUUCCUCAAAGAUGCGGCGCGAUAAGCCGGGGUGGAACGCCGACGCGGCGGACUCGAGAGGCGGGUUCGACGAAGACGCGCCGAUCCGACGAAGAGAGACGCAGACGCGUCGCGCCGCCUCGCCGCCGCCGCCGCCUCCCGCCGCCGCGGCGCGUCCGGUCGCGAGCUUCGACGACGUGCCCGCGGUGGCGGGCGGCGGGAGUAACGGCGACGCCCCGUUCAACUUUUCGCGGAUGUCCGUCCCCGACGGCGCCGACGCCGGGCCGACGAAGCUGACGCCGUGCGCGACGUGCGGGCGCAAGUUCGCCGCGAGAGCGCUGGAGAUUCAUACUAGGUCGUGCGGGAAAUCGGCGACGCGGAAGAAGUUCGACGCCUCCAAGGCGCGCGCCGCGGGGACGGAGGUGGAAAAGUUUCAAGGAGAAGCCGCGCGCGCGGGGCGAGGGCCGAGGGGUGGCGUCGCGAGCAAGAGCCAGCCGCGAAACUACCUGAAGACGGCGGCGAAGGCGGCGAUGGGAGGAGCGACAGGGGGAACCCAGAGGCGCGCGACCGGCGGCGCGGCGCUGGACAUCUCCCCGCCGAAGCCCGGGAAGCCGGUGCCGAAGUGGAAGAAGCAGAGCGAGAUGCUCCGAGCCGGGCUGAGCGGGGCGAGCGGGAAGGGCGGCGGCGGCGGCGGCGCGAUGACCGAGUAUUCCGCGGGCGACGACCUCGAGCAGUGCCCGCAUUGCCUGCGGAAGUUCAACGAGACCGCCGCGGCGAGGCACAUCCCGCAGUGUCGGAACAUCCAGGCGAAGCCGACGCGGUUGCAGAAAGGGGGCGGACGCGGGGCGCAUCACAGGGGGGACGAGAACAAAGCCCCGAAGAAGUACGGGAGGUGGUGAGUAGAACAUGUAAUUUACAGUAUGGAUUCAAAGAGUUGAGAAU